AUGACAGCUGAAAAGCGCCACGGGUAUUGGCUGCUGCUGUUGAACAAGAUUUGCGUUUCCAAUGACGAGGCAAGUGUUGAUCAUGACGAACGUGCAGUCUGCAUCAGAAAAGCAGCCGAACUUGCUGCCAAAGAAGGCCCGGACCAAGUGUGCUUCCGUGGACAAGCAUUGUUGUGCAUCGCGCGUGCGAUGGCGAAGGAAGAGGCCGAGCAGGCGCUGCUUGCACUGGAGGAAAGCUUUCACAGUAUCCUGGCGACAGCGAGGUCCUGGUCCAAGGGCGCUCCCAAUGGCAGCAAGGAUGAUGUCGAGCAAGCAGCAGGCAGUCUGGUCGGCAAAAGCACUGGUGGAAGGAAUGGGCCCUCGUUUCGCAGACACAUGCCACCGUGCGCUGCUUGCAGACCAUCGGCCGGAGCCUUUGACGUCUGCAGCGUCGCUGCGAGCGUCGGCGCAGCUCCUGCAUGCAGGGCUGAGGCCAAAGUGCGGUGCUUUGACCCGCUGCCUCGCACAACGUGCGGCGACAGCAGCCGGCCUCGGCGCAGAUCCCGACGACGCUUUUGA